AUGUUAGAAAAAAUAAAUCAAAUUGAGAAUUUUUUUUUAGAGAUAGAAAACUUAAUUAAACUUCGAAACAAAACUCUAAACCAAUCUGAGAUUGAACAAAAAUUUAAAGAAGGAAAAAAUUUAAUUGAUAAAUUAGAAGAAGAUGAUGAAGAACGACAUGGACUUUUUAGGUAUAAAUAUCACAUAACAUAUGCUAAUUAUUUAGAAUUUAGUGGGGAAGGAGACAGAGCUAGCAAGCAGGAAAAAUUAGCAAAGAAAUUUGAAAAUUUUUCUGAAAAGCCUGAGAGAAUAGAUACCUACAGGACAGAGCCAAGAUUAUUUGUGGAUGUUGCACUAGGAAAUAUCUAUCAAGCUUCUAAUCAAGAGGAAGAGAAUAUUCAUGAAGCUGUAGAGAAAGAAUUAAGGGGGGUUAAAGAUAUUUUAGAUGAUAACGUUAUUGAAUUUUUUCGAAAUACUUUUCAACAGUUUAAUAACUUACCCAAAUCUUUUGAAGAUUAUAAGAAUAUCGUUGCAUAUGAGAUAAUUUUACGUAAGAUAGCAGAUAACCCAAUUAAUGAGUCGCUAAUUUAUUUGGAAAAUUCUCACACUAAAGAUACUAGCAAGGAUCAAAAAUCAAAAAUUAAUAAAGAAAAUAAACAACGAAUGACUUCUUCUUUAAAUGAAUUAAAAUCAUUAGCUAGUAAAGCAGCUUAUUCAAAAAGAUUGGCUUUUAUAUAUCAUGUCUUGAAUUCUCCAAACAAAAAAGAAAUUUUAUUUAGCAAUACUCUCUUUACAGAAGAAGAAAUUAAUAAACGGUUUAGAGACAUAGCUUUAUAUCUCCAUUCUGAUAAAACGAAUCGACCUAAUACUCCAACUUGGCUUCAAGUAAAACAUAAAAAUCUAGGUGACGAACUUUUUAAUUUUGCUCUAGAGAUUAAAAAAAGUUUAUUAGAUGACUUGGAAGGAAUCUCACCAAAUGUUCAAGAAAAAAAAGCAAAUGAUUUUUGGAAAAUUGCGAUCGAUUAUCGUAAUGCAGCUGAAGGUCAAUGGAAUAAGUUGAGAGUGUUGCAUAGAGAUAAAAUUAAGGAAUUUUCUUCUGAAGAAUUAAAGAUUUUUUGCAUAGAUAAUGGAAUGUUAGCCUACCAAGAAUAUCGAUCAGCUUGCAAAAUUGCUGAUAAAGCUGAGCAACUAAAAAAACAGGUAAGAUUACGAGGAAAUAUGGCAUUAUGCUUAUGCAUUUCUAACAAAUUUAUAGAAGCUCAGUUAUGUGCUUUAUCAGCAAUUCUAUUGCAUCUCAUGAAUUCUCAAAACGUCACGCAACAGGAUUUUUUUGAGGCAAACAAAAUAUUUGAAAAAGUUAAAGAUGGAAUGGUGGAUGUUACAGUGAUUACUGAAAAAUUAGAUUCUGAGAUUAAACUAAAGAGCAAAUUCGAUAAUAUAAAAACGGUGGAUCAGAAGAUUUCACUUUUUGAGAAAAAAGCUAAUCAAAAUUCAAUUAAUAACGAAGUUAUAAAAAUAAGUAUGCUCAGGGCAGACCGAAAAUUGGUUCGUUAUCAAGUAAAUUUACACACCAAGAGUCAUGGUAAAGAAGAGCAAGAAAUUCGUGAAAAUCUUAAUAAAAUCAUGACAAAAACGAUAGAAGCUUAUGAUAAAGGUGAAUAUCAGGAAGUUAUUAAUGUACUUUCUGAGGAAUAUAAUAAGAAGACGAAUGAUAGUCUUUUAAAAUUAGUAAAACGUGAAGAUUUCAUUAAUACUGAUCAUAUAAUAGAAACACUCUUAAAGCAUGGAUUUAGAUUUGAUGGUAUUGCUUAUCUAUUAAAUUUGCUUGGCGAGGUCUUAAGUAGUGAAAAAACAAAAAUCAAAGCAAUGAUAACAACAGACUUGAAGAAGUUAGCAAUGAAUGUUUUUAAUGGAGUAUUGAGUGAAAAACUUGAAAAGGAGGCCAAGACUCUAGAUGAUCAUAUUUAUGAGUUACGCAUGAAACUCAAUCCACCUAGUAUUUUUGAUAAAUUUAAAGAUCCUAUCAUAACCCAAGAAGAUAAGGAUCAUUCCCAAGAAAUGCCUUUUCAAUCAAGGUUGGAAGAAAUACGCAAUGUCACAAAAAUCAAUCGAGCAAUUUCCGAUAUAUUAGUUGCUGGUAAAGAAGAAAUCGAGCGAGCUAUCAAAACUAUUAAGGAAAUUCAAGAUUCAAUUGGUAGUAAUUAUCAAUUUGUUAGUGGUGCUCGUCAUGAAGUAUUAGAAGAUUUAUUAUGGAUUAUUAAUGGUGAGGAAUCUCCAUCUGAAGAAUCAUUUAAAGAAUCACCCAAAGAAUCAUCUGAAGAAUCGCCCAAAUUAGACGGUGAAUUUAUUAGUUAUCUAAAUGAACAACUAAAACAAGAGCUUUCAAGUCAGAAUAAAAUGCUCCUUUAUAAUACACUAGCAGCAAUCCAUGAACAAUUAGCUGAGAAAGAAGAUAAAAUUAAUCGACUAAACCGAUUGAAAAGCUUGUAUUAUUGGAAAGUUGCUCAAAAGAACUAUGAGAAAGCACGUGAAAUAGAUCCAAAAAAUCUAGAGGCCGCACUUGGUAUUACGAAAUGUUCACUAAAAUUAUCCAAAUAUACUCAAGUUAUUCGACUUAUAGAUACGAAUCCAAAUUUGACCUCUUCAUCAGAAUAUUGGCGAUUUCGCAGUAUUGCUUAUUGUAAACAAAUUAAUUAUAGCGAAGCUAAAGGAAAUAUUAUUGAGGCAUUGAGACUAGAUCAUAAAAACAAAUUGGCUGAUGAGCAGAGGUUAUUUCUCAAAAAACUAAGUGAAGAAAAUACGAUUAAAUGGCGGAUUAACCGUUACGAAAAAGGAAAAAAGAAAAUUAAAUAUGAAAUAGAUUAUUUAGAAAAUUCCCAUAGUAAAGAAAGUUCUACAUAUAACAUUCUUUCAAUUGAUGGAGGAGGUAUAGGUGGAAUAUUACCUGCUUUAUGGCUUAGUGAGAUCGAAUAUCGCACCCAUAGACCCAUUUCUCAUCUGUUUAAUAUGAUAGCUGGAACAUCAACUGGAGGUUUCAUUGCUGCCGGACUAUCAGUACCAUCCUGGUGUGAACUUUAUGACUCUCCAUAUUAUAAAUGUUCAGAUUCAAAACCAAAGUCUUCGGCUUCAGAUAUAUUAAAUCUUUUUCAGAACCAAGCAAGAAAUUUAAUCACUAUCCCUGAUAAUUCAUGGUCAUUAUUCAAGCCAAAACACGAAAACCAAGACUGCAGAUCAUUUUUUUCGGAAUACUUUGGAAGAGUUCGCCUAGGUAAAGCGCUCACUGAGUUGGUUAUCCCUACAGUGGAUGUUAAUGACUUAACACAGACACAUUUAUAUACACGAAAUGACGAUCGUCGCAAUUAUUUAAAAAACGAUACUUUUGUUGAUACUUUAAUGGCAACAACAGUUGCACCCACUUUAUUCCCAUCUUACGAAAUGGAAGGCAGGAGUUUUUUUUUAGAUGGUACUUUACAUCUCAAUAACUCAACAAUGGCAGCUUAUGAGAAAGCUAUCCAAUAUAAUGCAGAAAAAGAAAAGAUUUCGGUGCUUUCGCUUGGUACAGGAAGUUACAUCCCAGAUUCAUUAAACCCUAGCCAAUAUCGUGGUAAUCUUUUCUUGACACAUUAUCUUCACAAAGUUGUGCUACCUCAACAGGAAAAUAAUACUGAUCGUCUAAUGUACAGUUUACUGGACAAUCGUUAUCAACGAUGGCAGGUCUGGUUUGAAGAACCAGUAGAAUUUGGUAAUUACGAAGAGGAAAAUAUUCAUAAUAUUUUAGAAUUAGGCCAUCAAUAUAUAGAAGAGCUGGAUGCUUCGGAUAAUAAUCCUAUAAACAAGUUGGUAGAAUCUUUCGAGAAAAAAGUUGAAAUUUUCAAUGUUUAA